CAAACAAGUUCAACCCAACUCGUCACAGGCUGUACUAACUCAGUAGUAGUAGUACUUUAUCUCUUUUUGCCACACCGGGAUGUCUGAGGAGUCGGUAUUAACCACCAUUCUCGAAGAAAUUCUCCAGGCGCACCAAUCAUCACUAGAUGACCUGUCUUACGAGAGCGCUACAGCGCAACUCGAAGAAUGCAGAAGCUCGGAACGGCCCAGGAAUUCACGUGUCAUGAAGGUCCUCCGUUACGAAAAACUCGUCUUAGUUCUGGCUCUUGAGCUUUUCCCGCUCGGCCCACACUUCCAUGGGCGACGAGAGUUUUCUGUCUGUUGGCUGGUGAAGUCCAUUGACACUGUUAUGGGGCUAUACCUUCGAUUCAUCGUGUCACAGGCCGAAAUCAUGAAGAAAUUGGCAUCCGAUGAUGAUUUCCCGGAUUAUAAGACUGUGAAAACCACCCUAGAUCUGUCUUAUGACGAUAGUCUCGAGGGUCUCGCAGCUCGGAAAAAAAUCGACCAGUGGAAGAAACAGAUCACUAACUCACAGGGCGCGUCGAACCUUGCAACAUUCAAUGAUAUUUUUCAUGAAAUCGAUGCUCAUGCUGAAGAAGCCUUCGCACGAGUUCACUAUGUGGGUGAAAAGACUGACGCAUACAUGUGUGCUUUAGGUGAAUACUGUGACAACGUCGUAGCAAGCUUGCGAACAAAGUGGUUGAAAGGCAGCAAUGGUCCCACUGAAUCGGACGAUAAUAUUCGACAAUAUGAUAGGAUAACAGCUCGUAUUGCUGUCUGGCUGUCACCCCAGGAUGAUGCGAGUGAUGCACCCACUCCCCUGUUGUCUGGUUGGUUGUUAGACUACGCCUGGUCAUCGCUCAAUGCCAUGAAGGAAGGGAUUAUUGAGGUUUACAGGUGGUUCGAGCCUCUCCUCGACUACUAUCCUUCUUUACAUACGCACAGUCAUGAUAUGGAUGAUUUCAGUGAGGUCAUGAUAUACAACGUGAUGAAUAGCCGAAGAAUCGCACCGGACGCGGACGCACAGCUAUGCCGUUUCUUGUGGGAGAAUCGAAACACCCUGAUCUUUCGCCUUCACAAUACGAUGACAAACGUCAGCGAGAGGGAGACUCAGCGGGACCGUCCCAGAGACAGAACACAGAUCAACGAUGCUUUCGACAAACUCCCGACAUAUGAGAAGAGAGCGUUCCGGCAGCUCGUUGAAUUAAUGAAGAAGGAUUCGAAACGGGACUUACGCCACAGCCGAGUCAUGGGGGCCUUCGCACUGCAUGUGACGAAAUGGAACUGGAAGUGCAGGAAGAACUCGAAGCGCGACGUGGAACCCUGCGUCAAAGCAAUACUGCUCGAACUGCGCAAAGCAGUGACAUACAGGACCGCCAUCUUAGCGGAUUCCUUCAACGCUAGUCUUAGAAAGCAACUCGAGGAUCUUCUUGUUCAAAUGACGGAGCCGAUCUAUUACAGCCUCCUUCACGACGGAACGAAAAGUCAAGUGUGGCAGUGGUGGGACGACAUAGAGAUUCCCAAGGGUAUCGUACCCGUCACGUCUGCCAACGUAGAGGAAAACUUCAAGUCGAAGCUACGACGGAUUCAGCUGCGCAAUAAUUUAGAGCAGCGAGAUCAGAACGCAAUAGAUGAGCUCGUCGCUUAUAUCGAACAUAUGCCUUGUGCCAAGGCAACGAUUGCGGAGGACAGCGCGUUGUGUUCGGAGGUCGCGGAGGCGUUGGACACGCUUGUAAAUGCUCUCAAAUUGAACGGUGCUCGUCUUCGUCACUGCAUCAUGGGAGAUGAUCCUGACGACGUCAAGGCGGCCGUUGAUAUCAAGAUUCCCAAAAUUGAGGACCUGGUUGACGAAAAGAAUACUCCAAUGCCCCAGAUUGCCGGCCCUUCUUCGAAACGUCCUCGAGAAUCUACUGGUUCGUGCUUCGUACCUUCCUCGAUGUUUCGUUUCACUGCUACUUCAAUUCUAGUCUCUGGAUCGCCUGCCGCGAUGAAUAAAAGGGUCCGGCGUAUCACUCUCCAAGUCGAUCCUCACUUUGACAUUUCCGAUGAUGACCUCCCUGGCAUUUGAUUCUUGUAUUUGCAUUGAUUAUUCAUGUGUUUUCAUUGUUAUGUGCCCUUUGCUCUGCAUGCUCUUGUAUAAUUCACCAAUGGAACCAUUCCCAGCCAAUUUGAUAACUCCACCAUAUAAUACCUCGCAGUUGAUAAUUUCAUGAUCAUCUUGAAUCGCAACAUGAGCC